AUGCUUCACGCUUACAUAGCGAGGGUGGCACGCGCGCAUGACUUCGAAUCGCUCGCACGCAAAGGGAAGAUGCCCGCGGAUGAGGCAGAAACUCCUGUAUCGCUACGAGUAGGCAUGCUACUGCUUAUCUUCUUCGUAUCACUGUUCGCCGCGUCCUUCCCCACGAUCACUCGACGAGUGCGCCGAUUGAGGAUACCUGGCAUCCUAUUCUUCAUUGGGAAACACUUUGGAACCGGUGUUAUUCUCUCGACUGCUUUCGUACAUCUCCUGCAAGAUGCUUUCUCGAGUCUGCAAGACCCCCGAGUCAAAGAGCGGACCAGUCUCGGGCAUUGGACAGGACUCCUAGUGUUAGGCUCUCUGCUUUUGAUAUUCAUGGUGGAAUAUAUCUCCACUGCCUACGUGGAUAGGCUGCACUCUUACGACUCUGUUCCUGCGUCUCCCGCAGCUGAACCGGCUGAGCUCCCACAACCCGAUACCUCGUCAGUCUCUGACACCACGCUUGCCGCCGUCUGUGAAGCUCGUACAGACAUGAAUGAACGCACUCCACUGCUCGCGGGGGCAUGCCCUGCCAGCGCUCCCGCCACCGCCAACGAUGCCAACCCGUUCUUCUCAGGGCACCACCGCCACGAAUCCCGCAGGUCGCACGAUGAUCAUGGGCGCCCCUGUCAUCCUCGUCUCGGUGUCACAUACGAGACGCGCAGACCGUCAGAAGACGACGUCACCAAACCCGCGUCUGCACCUGCGCAACAAGACUCCUUCCGCCAUGCCCACAGACACGGGCACGGACACCAUCACGACCUGCACUACGAUUUCGACGAGGAAGUCGAGCGUGGGCUGGAGGCCGAGGUCGCUCAUUCGCACACGCAUCAUCGCCAUGAAGACCACGAGGCUAUUAUUGGACGUAAACGCCAGAUCGUCGGCAUUCUCGUUCUGCAAAUGGGCAUCAUGCUGCAUUCGGGCGUGAUUGGACUCACGCUGAGCAUCACCUCUGGUCCCGACUUCACGUCGCUCGUCACCGCCAUCCUCUUCCACCAACUGUUUGAGGGUCUGAGCCUCGGUGUACGCAUCGCCGGUCUCCCGCUCCCGCGCACUGGCACGAGUUCUCGCUUCCUCAAGCCUUCGCUCAUGGUCCUUUUCGCCCUCACCACGCCGCUCGGGAUGACUAUCGGUCUCUUGACCCUAGGUGGCGCGGAUCCCGUCAAGCUUAUGCUGGCCGAGGGAAUCCUGAGUGCUGUCUCGGCUGGCAUGCUGAUCUACGCCGGCUGUGUCGAGAUGCUUGCUGCGGACUUCGUGCUUGACCCGGAUAUGGCUCGCGCGCCAAUCAGGAAACAGGCAGGGGCGCUGCUGGCGGUGUUGGCGGGCAUGGCGGGCAUGACCUUCCUUGCUAUUGUACAUUGA